AUGACUCACCGAACCGGUACACUACGUCAUACCAGCCUCGAGCUGACGGAAAUCCAAGACCCUGAGCACAGCGACUUCCUCAAGAUCCGGAAGAUGCUGAUUGCGACGCACAUGCAGGACCUGAAGGAAGUCACCCACGAUAUUCUCUACGAGCAAUUCAGCGUGCUUCGUAUGCAUUUUCCUCCGUCUCCUCUCACAUUUGGCAACAAACCAAAGCUUCCGGUGCCGAUUCCGAAUGCUCUCAAGUUGCAAAGCACAUCACUGGAUUCAGGUCGAGCAACGCCGGACGUUGCUCUGCGUCAGAAGGAAGAGGAUGAGAUUCGGAAGAUGCAAGAGAUGCUGGCUAAAAUGCAGGAACAACACUGAGGAUGGCCGGAAAAGAUCCAAGCCUGACAGCAAUCUGCAUCGUCACCGUCCGGGUCAAGGUUCUCCCGAUCUUCGGUAGACUGCGACAGCGUAAUUAAUGUUUAAAAUUUCAAAUAGUUUUUUUUCUGUACGAGGAUCCGAAUUAUUUAUUUACCAUACAUCAGAACACACAAGGAACAAAAGAAACGGAUCACGAAACUAUAGUCCUAUAGAAAUUCUGUACCAUCAUAGAGCUUCAUCGCGUGCAUCAUUGUGAUGAAACGAGAAAAUAUUAAGGAUUUCUCGAACGUAUGACGAAUCACUUGAACAUCAAAUUAUUGCAAUAUAUGUUUGAUUUACGGCUACAUAUUAUUGUUUUAAACAUAUCUUUGAUUUAUUCUUCAAGUUCCAUCUUAAGAAGAAACAAAUAAAAAAUGAAUUGUGGCAAUGUCAUGAGAAAAAUCCCGGGCUAAAUUAAUUGAAGGAUAAUGUCUCGAAAAAUUAAAUUCUGCAGUAUUUUAUGUUUCGAAGGUUGACCUUGACCACCUCUUAGCGCAAAAGCAGGACUCUCAUAUAUGAAUGAUGAUUGUCAAUUGGUUGUAUUGGGAGACAUUUCCAGCGAUACAAUGGAACAAAAUUGGGUAGAUCACCGUUUAUAAUGAGGUUUUAUACACGUGGAUCGGCAUUUUUCAGGUGACUUUCCGAACGUUUGAGAAAUCCUCCGUUCAAAUGUGCGGUAUGUUUAAGUCGAGGUGCGUUGAUGGUAGAAUUUCUAUAGGAAUAUAGUUUCGUGAUCCGUUUCUUUAGUAUAGUUCCUUGCGUACUUUGAUUUAUGGUAAAUGAAUAAUUCGGAUCCUCGUAGAGUGCUUUGCGUUCUAAACUUUUACAAGUACGUGUACCAAAGUAUUAAAUUGUGUGUGGUCCUCCGCUAUAUAUAUUCAUUCCUUCUCGCUGCUCUGCAUUUCCUUGUGCC